AUGGCCGAGAAGCAGCAAGACAAGCAGCAGGCCCAGGAGUCGGAGUCGGCAAGUAGUUCGCGCCCAAGACGUCGUCCACUGCCAAUGCCAUCGGAUGAUAUGAUACGCAAUACGAUAGCCCGAAGCUUGACACAGAUUGUGGUGAACAUGCAAAAUUCGGAGAUGCAGCAAAGAUGCCGCGAGCUUUUGCAGAUGGAGGACCUGACGCAGGGCGCGCACAUUCGAAUAUUGGCGGCGCUGGAGCAAAUCGACGAGCAGCGUGAACGUAAGGCCAGCAAGCAGAAGCGGCGCAGAUCCAAAGAUCACAAUUGAGAUAUGGCGAACAAAUACGUAUAUAUGUAGAUAUAUAUAUAGAUGUACAUAUAUUGAAAGAUUCAACAAUUAAUUU